UUUUAGAUGACUAGCACAUGUUUAAUUAAAAUUUUUUUUCUAAGCUUGUUUAAUUAAAUUGCUUAGCCUGCAUGUUCACCGGAGAGGGCUGUACUGACUACUUUCCCCUCUGCAACAUACAUCUUACCCUUGAAAUCCUCAACUACCCUCUUUCUAACCUCUCAUUAUCCAAUAUAUGAUUUAUUUUAUUUUUUGCACGGAAACGGAGAAAAGAGGGCGUUUGAUCGAGCACCAUUGGCUACUGUGUCGUUUCCCAUCGCUCCUAAGAAAUGGAAGUUUCAUUAAACUAAAGAGAGAAGAAAAAAAAAAAGUUUGUUUGCUCCAAAGGAUUACAAGCAAAAUCAUUAUCAUGGAGCAUUCUUUGAGCUAAAUUAUGAGGUUGCCUGUACAUUCUCUCAAUGGAAGAUGACAUGAUAAUGGACAAAAAGCGCAGAAAAACUGCUUCAGCAGAUUUUCUUUUACAGUGGAGCCAGUGGCAACUGCUUGAUUCCAUUCUCCCUACUGGUGGUUUUGCUCAUUCUUUUGGUCUUGAGGCAGCAAUUCAAGCACGCAUAAUCUUGGGUCAUGAAGAUUUUAAGAAUCAGGUGAUUCAUAUUUUGGAGAAUACAGGAAGUUUGCUUCUUCCUUUUGUGUACUCUGCAACCAACUCUCCUGAUUUGGAUACCUGGCAAAGGCUUGACAGAAUAUUGGAUGCUACUUUAACCAAUGAAGUAAGUCGAAAGGCAUCUAUUGCGCAAGGAUCAGCUCUUAUGAGGGUGGCUGCAGCUGUUUUUACUGAAGUCCCUUGUCUUAAAACGAUGAGAGAUGCAUGUAUUGGUUCUGGGGCUGUUUCUUUUCACCAUGCUCCCAUCUUUGGCAUGAUAUGUGGACUUCUUGGGAUGGAUAGUGAGACUUCUCAAAAAGCUUACAUUUUUAUCACAAUGAGGGAUGCAAUUUCUGCUGCAACAAGGCUGAAUUUGGUUGGACCUCUAGGUGCAGCUGUAUUGCAGCAUCAGCUGUGUCUUGUUGCUGAAACUGUAUUGAAAAAGUGGAUGGACCAUACAGUUGAGGAAGCGUGCCAAACAGCUCCUUUGCUUGAUACUCUACAGGGCUGCCAUAGCUAUUUGUUUUCUAGAUUGUUUUGCUCUUGAUAUCUCAGGUAAACGCAUACAUUCUUCAUAAAUGCUCAUUUUUCUUAUUUUCAAUGGUUUCACAAUAUGUGGAUGUAUGACUGAGAGAGGAAGAGAAAAUGGGAGAGAAACAAAUGCAUUUUUACUCUAUUGGUUUAUUAAGUAAAUCGUUCAUAAGUUUCUUA